AUUAAUUAUAUAUUUUUGCUUAUAAGCAGGAGAGGAGGAUUCUUUCUUCCACACGUCAGCUGUCGGCAAUUUGCAGCAAAUUUGGGGGAAUUUUCAUAAGCGCGGCCACUCUUUUCUUCCCAGUAAAUUCAAUUUAUUGAAGAUAUUCCCCGUCGAUUCUUCGCGGUUUUGCCGGAAAAACAAUUUUUAGGAGUAAUGGAGUUGGCAGAGCUGAAGUGCCCUCAGAAUGACGAGAUACGUAUAAACAGGAGAGCCUUAGAGGCGAUGCUCCAGCAAUGCCAGCUGGCCCUCCAACAACAGAGUGCUUCUGAAAGUGACGAUGAUGUUGCUGGGGAACUUGAUCUUCCGGAAGAUUCUACUGGCACUUCUGCUUCUUCCAACUGCGACACUGGCACAGCUGAGCUUUGUGAUCUCUUGAAAUCAAGUUUUGAAUGCCCCGGAUUCAUCAAGAAAAUAGAAGACGCUCAGGCGUUACUUUUGCAGAAAAACAUGGCCGAGGAAGGCGGUUCGUGGGAUAUGGUUAGCAAAAAUGAUAUUUGGGGAGGUGAAAAUGUUGACUUUGAAACCGAAGAUUAUGUUUUAGUUAGACGAGAGGAUAUAAUGGAGGGUAUAGCGUCCUUCAUGGCUGCAUAUCUUUUGUCCCUUGAACAAACUAAGGAUUUGGCUCCAAACCAGCUUCAAGAAGCUCUAAGCAAGACAUUCUCUGUAAAGAAGAGGAAGGGUAAGCUUCGGAAGGCUUGGGACGGAAGCAAAGUAAUCUACAAUGUUGCAUCCUGGGGAGCUACUGCCAUUGGAAUAUAUCAAAACCCGGCCCUCUGUAAUGCUGCCGCUGUAGCAUUCUGGACUUCGUGCCGUGUUAUUUCCAAGCUACUGUGAAGCUUCAUCAGUGACUCAAGAAGGAGGUGAUGGUUGAAUUACAGAACCGAAAAAAAAAAACGAAAAGAAAAGAAAAAAAAAAAACAGAAAAAAAACAGAGAUUUGUUUUAUAUAGUUUGAGCCUGUAAAUAGUGUUCUCAAUACCCUAGAAAUUGUGCAAGAAAAUAGGUUGUCUUGUCUGUAUAUAUAACGGAGUUCAUUUGUUUCCUACAUGAACUGUUACGAGAUU